AUGACCAAAUCUCAUGAUCACGGCCCGCCAAAGAUCUUGGCCCGAGCAUGUCAGUUUUGCAGGGCCCGGAAGAUUAAAUGUGAUACCCAGCGUCCAAGCUGCAGUUCGUGUAUCAACCAGAAGAAAGAGUGCGUGUAUAUUUUAGAGGUCCCAAAGAGAAGGCCAUCUACAGCUAUUGUCAAUGCUCUCCAAAAUGAGAAGAGACAAUUUGAGGAGAUGAUAUUACGCCUGAAAAGGGCUUCUCCAGAAGAACGAGAUACCUUACUGGAUUCCAUCCCAAUUGAAGACGGCUCUGUGAAACUAAAGCGCGGUACGCCGCCACCUUUGACCCCCUCACCCUUGGGGCCCAAGAAGGUUAGCCGGGAAACAAAAUCUCAUCACUCAGAUGAUGAUGGAAUAUCCUCUGAUGAAGAUCUUGAUGUUCUCCCUUUUCUUUCUGUCGAUGAAGGCGGCAAGGUGGAUACUUUUGGGCCCUCCUCUGCUCUACAGGGACCGACAAAGCCCGUGAUCUCAAAAGGAUCCCCGGUCACUGAACAUGUCCGAAACCAGCUUAUAGCAAACGCAAUACUUCAGCGUCAAAGAGAGCAUGACAUAAGGUGCUGGCGGGAAAUAUAUGGUGUUCCGGUGGAGCUUGCUGUUCAUCUCCUAGACCUUCACUGGAAUCGGCAACACCAUAGCUUCCUACUUACGUAUCGACCUGCAGUCAUGAGGGACUUGAUACAAAAUGGACCGUAUUGCUCAGAAUUCUUAAUUAACGCGAUUUUUGCCUGCUCCUGCAAGUACUCGCAGCGAAUUGAAGUCCGAGAUAACCCGUCUGAUCCUGAAACGGCAGGAGGACGGUUUUUUGCUCGCUGUGACCAAAUUCUAGCCGAUCGGUCGCUUUUGAAUUCUUCUAGCAUUGCGACUUUAGUUGGCCUCCUCCUCCUUGGGUCAACUUAUAAUUCACUGGGACAGACCUCUAAGGGUUGGCUGUACACAGGAUAUGCACUUCGAAUGGUAUAUGACCUUGGCCUUCAUCUUGAUUAUAAAGCUACAACUGCCAAUGCAGAGGAUAUUGAGAUACGACGCCGCGUGUUUUGGGGUGCUUUUAUCUGUGAUAAACUACAGAGUUUGUACCUAGGACGACCGAUGGCAAUUCAUAUAAGGGAUACACAUGUGUCACGCAAUUUUAUGGAUACCAUGGAAGAGAAGGAAUUGUGGACGCCUUACGUGGACCCCAGGCUGCCGUCUGAGUCUUUGCCGGCUCUGCCGGGUACUCCUACUCCAAUCUAUUCAGUUACAACAUUCCAGCAAUUAUGCCUUUUGUCGAAGAUAAUGACCAAGAUUAUCAAUCGGUUCUACGUGGUUGGGGCUACUGCUGCCAAUGCAAGAGCUAGUCUACAGUCUAUUGAUGAUGCCUUGAUUUCUUGGAAAGAUAACCUCCCAUCAGAUCUUAAUUUUGAGCCUUGGUCGGAAAAUCCAUUGAUAGCCCAGGCUCGUCCGGCUCCGAAUGUCAUGAUCCUCAAUGCCUUAUACUACUCGUUAGUGAUACUUCUACAUCGGCCAUUCAUAUCCGAUGGCCAUCUUCGCUCUGCCGUUGCGCCAGCAAGCUCUUGGAAGCGUUGUACUUCCGCAGCUAAAAAUAUUACAAGCAUAGUCUUAGCAUAUAAGUCAGCAUACACCCUCCGAGGCGCUGCUUAUUUACUGAGCUAUGCAGUCUACGUUGCAUGUACUAUUCAUGUCCGCAACGCUGCAGCAACGGACGGCAAUCAGCCAAGUGAAAAUUCUUCUAUACUCUCUGCAAGUCUUCACAGUCUAGAUGAGCUCUCAUUACCAAACGCUGGUGUGUCUAAGACAGCUAGCAUUAUUCGGAAAAUUAUGGCAGACAAUGGGCUAAAACUUGUAUCAGAACCGGUUAUUGAUAUACAUUCACCAUCCUCCUUGGAUCUAGAUGCCAUUUUACGGAUGUUCCCGUCCAAAUCUCCUACCCAGGGCCAGCAACCAAACCAGCCUGAGGAUUUUGAUCAAAACUAUGGAAUGAACCCGUAUGGACCAGAAGAUUUACUCUACGGGUUUAUGGAUGGAGAAACAGCGUCUUUCUCAGACUUCACUAAUGGAGCCUUCAGAAUGUAA